AUCAUUUUUUUCUUCAUCUUCACACACAACACGGACUAAACCAAGCCAAAAAAAAAAAAAAAAACUAGCUUGCCCUAAUUAAUCCGGCAUGGCUGCGAAGAAAGUGGCGAUCAUUGGAGCCGGGAUAAGCGGCAUUCUCGCUUGCAAGCAUGCUCUCGAAAAGGGGCUUGAUCCCGUUGUUUUCGAGGCAAGAAGCUGCGUUGGGGGAGUGUGGUGCAGCACCAUAGACUCGACCAGGCUGCAGACUCCCAAGGAGUAUUUCGAGUUUUCGGAUUUUGCUUGGCCGGAUUCUGUGGCGGAAGCGUUCCCGGAUCACAGCCAAGUGCUGGACUAUGUUAGGUCCUAUGCUAUCCAUUUUGAGGUUGUUCCAAGGAUCAGGUUCGGCUCCAAGGUUUCUUCUCUCGACUAUUGCUUGUCGUCUGAUGGUGACGGUGGUGGUGGUGAUUGGAGAUUGUGGGGUGGGAGUGGUGAGGCAUUCUCAUGUAAAGGGAAAUGGAAGGUUGUUGUUGAGAAUGUUUUGCAGCCUCUACAGCCACCUAUGGUGUAUGAGAUGGACUUUGUGAUCCUUUGCAUCGGCAAGUUCAGCGAUGUCCCAAACAUCCCAGAUUUCGCCCCAAGCACGCGUGCCUUGUUCAAAGGCGAGGUCCUUCACUCCAUGAACUAUGCUGCAAUGGAGAAAAUCCAUGCAGCAAAGUUCACGGAGAACAACAGAGUUGUUGUUGUUGGUUUCCAAAAGUCCGCAGUUGACACUGCAGCUGAGAUCGCCAAAAACAACGGUCCGAAGCAUCCGUGCACUCUGCUCUUCAGAAGAGUGCACUGGGCUGGUUCAGAAGAUAUGGUCAAAUUCACAUUCAAGAAUUUAACCAGAUUUUCCGAACUAAUGGUUCAUAAACCUGAAGAAGGGCUAAUUCUAUGGUUUUUAGCCCUUAUACUCUCACCUUUGCGUUGGAUCUUCUCGAAGCUCGUAGAAUGCUACCUCCGAUGGAUCUACCCUCUCAACAAGUACAACAUGAUCCCCGAGCACUCGUUCCUCAAGCAAAUUUGCUCGUGCAUGUUCAUGAUCUUGCCUCGAGAUUUCUACGGUCGAGUGAGGGAAGGGAGCCUCAUCUUGAGGAAAUCCAAUGUGGUAGGAUUCUACGAGAAGGGCCUCGUCCUCGAUGGUGGGACGACCCAUUUGGAGACGGACGUUGUCAUCUUUGCCACUGGGUAUAAGAGCGACGAGAAGAUUGCUGGGAUCUUCUCGUCGCUCGAGUUCAAGAAAUGCAUCACUGGAUCCUCAGCUCCCUUUUAUAGGGAGUGCAUACAUCCUAGGAUCCCGCAGCUCGCGAUCCUAGGAUACUCGGAGAGCCCGGCAACGUUGUUCACGUUCGAGAUGAGGAGCAAGUGGCUGGCGCAUUUCCUAGCGAGGAAGUUCCGGCUGCCUCCGGUGGCGGAGAUGGAGGCGAACGUGAGGAGAUGGGAGGCAAACGCGCGUCGCUACAGCCGCGAAAACUACAAGAGGGCUUGCGUUGGUGUGAUGCUGCAGCUGCAUUGCAACGAUGAGAUAUGUAGAGAUAUAGGGAGCAAUCCAAAGAGGAAAAAUUGGUUUUUUUCGGAAAUGUUCUCUCCUUAUCACCCUUCAGAUUAUGCACAUUUGUGAAUUGUUUUUAGUAUUUUAUUUUAUGGACGUUAGUU